UCGUGAAUGUUCGUAUGCCGCACGUGUUUCUUUGGAGUUCGUUUGUUGACGGCAAGUUUUAUUUUAAGGUUAGUUUAUAAUAUUGCUUUGUAUAUUUGGUGUUCAGUUGAAUUGAUUAAUAAUGGAAAUAUUUAACGUGAAAAGAUACGCUCCUAAGCAAAAACAAAUUGAUCCCGAAAAGGAAAACAAACUCUUUGAGAAACUUCAAGGGAUCAUCGCAAAGAAAAAGAAACUUAUUGAAGAUGAACGGAGCAAGAAAAAUCCAGAAAUGCAGCAAGAACCAGUGAUUGAUGCGAUUGAUGCUAGUGGUUCUAAAGAAGAUGAACAACUACUUGCUCAAGAGAAUGUGAGUCAGAUUGAUAAAGACGCUUUCACAAUAUUAGGGAAUGAGCAAUUCGUAGGCAAGGAGAGGGUUAAGGGUAUACUUCCUGCAUGGCUUUGUCAUCCAGCAGCGAUCUCCAACGACUUAACUCACGAAAAUGCACCUCUUGAGGAAAUUAUGUUCUUGAGUUCAGAAAUGAAACAGAAUCUCAAGAAGAUGGGAAUUGAAUCGCUAUUUCCUGUCCAAAAAAUUAUUAUUCCAUGGAUUCUAGAGACGCAUGCUAAUCCUUCACCCUAUAGGCCACGUGAUAUUUGUGUUUCUGCCCCAACUGGAAGUGGGAAAACCAUAGCAUUCGCUCUUCCAAUUAUUGAGAUUCUCCGGAAACGUGUUAAACAGAAGAUCCGGGCUCUUGUGGUGCUCCCUGGACGAGAAUUGGCUUCACAGGUGUUUACUGUAUUUAAAAGUCUCUCCAAAGGGACAAAUUUGGAUUGUAUGCUUUUAUCACCAAACAUACCUAUUGUGGAGGAGCAGAAACACCUAAUGAAAAAUAUAAAUGGCAACGUACAACCUGGAAUAGAUAUAAUCGUCACGACAGCUGGUCGCCUUGUUGAGCAUAUUCACACCACAAAAGGUUUCUGCCUUAAAAGUCUACAAUUUUUAGUAAUUGACGAGGCAGAUAGGAUUAUGGAACAGAUUCAAAAUGAUUGGCUCUAUCAUCUGGAAAAUCACCUUCAGAAUGGCAUUCCAGAGAGAAACUAUCCCUUAUCUUUUCUAACCCUCACGGAUGAGCUUUGCAAGCAACCACACAAACUGCUUUUUUCAGCCACUCUUUCCUCUGAUCCUGAAAAAUUGGAAAAAAUGAAACUCUUCCAACCGAAAUUUUUCACUACUACGGAUUCCAAGCCAAAAGGCAAUAAAGAGCAAAAACAUGCCGAAGAUUUGAUUGGAGAGUACUCAACUCCUUCUCAACUGAUAGAAAAAAUAUGUAAGACAAAUAUAGAGACAAAACCACUGACGCUCUUUAAGCUGAUUAUGGAAAAUUCAUGGAAAAGAUUCCUUUGCUUCACGAAUAACAACAUAGCAGCUCACCGACUAUCAUUCGUACUGCAAUCAAUGUUAGGGAAGCAAAUCUUGAUUGAGGAGUUGUCUGCGAAUUUGAAGAAAAACGCGCGAAUGGAGAUUCUUGCCAAAUUUUCUGCAGGAAAAAUUAAUGGUCUAGUGAGUUCUGAUACUCUAGCCAGAGGAAUUGAUGUACCAAACGUUGAUGUGAUUAUUUGCUAUGACUGCCCUCGACACAUUCGAACCUAUAUCCAUAGAAUAGGAAGAACAGCCCGUGCUGGACGAUCAGGAAUGGCCGUUACCAUGAUCUGCGAGGAAGAUUACGAAGGAUUUAAUAGAAUAAUUACAAGCAGAGGAAAGUCACAUUUGGACGAAAUCAAGGUUUCUUCAGAAAUUGAUGAAGAAACAAAUAGGAAGUUUUCCACGGCCCUCAAGGAAUUAAAGAAUUUCCUAAAGAAGAAGAAGAGACAGCAGCAAUCUAAGGUGCAGAGAGAUGAAAACACCGGGAAUGCUAGGAAAAUUGCUAAGAGGCAUAAGAAAAAAGAUAAUACCAAAAUUGGUAAACUAAUUAUAAAGGACAAAGGUAAAUUCUCAUCGUAAAGAAAUUCUAACAUGAAAUUCUAUUAAUUGCAUUAAUUAUUAAAAACAAUAAAAUUAAAAACACAA